UGAUGACAGACCCUCAAGGGUUCUUCAGUUGGCUAACUUCCCCUUUCAUUCAUUUUAUUCCGCACGCUGGAGGAGAUCACAAGAAAAGAGGCUGAAGGAACGUGAUGAAACACAUGUGAAAUAUGAGGAGAGAAAUUGCAGCUGUGGUGUUUUUCCUGAAGAGGCUCGUGAAAAAGGCGGAGAAGUUGGAGUCGGACAAAAUCGACCUGUUUGUUGAGAGGUUGGCUGUGGCGCUGCAGGAGAAGUUCAAGGGGCAUUGGUACCCUGAAAACCCCAGCAAAGGACAGGCAUACAGGUGUAUCCGAUUAAACCGGUUCCACAGGCAGGAUCCAGAGCUCAUUCGGGCCUGCCGGGAGAGCGGCGUUCAGUACAGUGACCUGGGACUGUCCCGUGAACUCACGUUGUGGGUGGACCCUGGGGAGGUCUGCUGCAGGUAUGGAGAGCAAAAUCCUUGUUUCUCGGUGGCCAGUUUCUCUAAUGACGACGAGGAGGACAAAGAUGUUGCGAAGGUGACCAGCGCUUUGGAGAGGGUGACAUCAGACUACCACUCAGGGUCCUCCUCCGACGAGGAGAGCACGCGAGCCUCCCCGCUCACCGUCCCCAGCAGCCGCUGCUCUCACCAGACGAUGAAUCCAGCCGCUCCCACGUGGGUCCCUAAAAAGAUGCUUCCUGGGAAAGUUCACAUCCUUCCGCGGCCUCAGUACGGCUUCAGGCCUCGCAGCAGAGCGCCCCACGCCUCGAGGCCCAAUCUGUGGGUGCGUCCCGGUUACGGAGGCGGGCCCGGUUACUGGGACACAACCCAAAACGUGGCACAUUGUUACAGUUAGGAAUCGUGGUGCUCCUCGUUCACACUAGACAUUAAUGCUGAGGACAACUUUAAAAUGACUGAUUUUUUUUUUUUUUUUAACACAUGAACUUUUUAUAGAUAACAUAUUGAUCGUUUUUGCACUUUAGACAAUUUUGUUAUACUUUAAAUAAAUCACUUGUAUUAAAAUUAGAUAUUGAAAUUGGAAUACUACACAUUUUGAAGUACUGUAUUUUUUACAACAGGAGACGUUCAUGUAAUGCCACCUACUUUGUCCUUUGUGAUAAAAUGUUUUAUUUAUUCAUAGUGCUGAAUUGUCAGAUGUAUAGACUUUAUGGAGUUUUAUUAAACAGAGUUUCCACGCA